UUGCUCCGCUAUCUCAAUUCUCUGAAACCAAGUUACCUCUUCCAACAUAAAUCCAACUACAAAAUAAAUCAAAUUUUUCACUCAAAACCCUAAUUCUACAAUCCCCAAUUCCCAAUUCCAAUCGAAUUCCUUUCAACCCCAAUCCAACUAAUCAAACCCCACGUCAAAAAUCCAAAAACCCCCAAUUUUCAUCACCUUUAUGACCUUCAAUUUCUCAUAAUCAUGAAUCUUGCCCCACAAUCACCUUUCACCGCCAAUCAAACCACCGCUUCACCACCGUCACCCUCCGCCGACGACAACCUCGAACCAACAUGGUAUGGCAACAUCCAAUACCUCCUUAACAUCUCUGCUGUUGGUACAAUCACCUGCAUUCUUGUUUUCUUGUUCGUUAAGCUUCGUAGCGAUCACCGACGUAUGCCCGGUCCCACUGCCAUUGUUUCUAAGCUGCUUGCAGUCUGGCACGCUACUGGCCGUGAGAUUGCCAGACAUUGUGGUGCAGAUGCUGCACAGUUUUUGUUGAUUGAAGGAGGUAGUUUUUUGUUGAUUGUUUGUAUUGCGGUUGUUUCGAUUAUUGUUUUGCUUCCUUUGAAUAUAUAUGCAGGAAAUGUAUCUAUGGUUGAUCAGUUUUCAAUGACUACUAUUAGUCAUAUCGGUAAAGGGUCGGGUUUACUUUGGGUGCAUUUUGUUUUUGUUGUGUUUGUUGUUGUUUUAGUACAUUUUGGAAUUAAUGAGGUCGAGGGACGGUUGAGGAUUACUAGGUUUAGAGAUGGGUAUGGAAACCCGAGUGAUCCUACUAGUGCUAAUUCGUCUGCUAUAUUUACGUUAAUGAUACAAGGGAUACCGAAAAGUAUAGGGAGUGAAAGGGAUUCGUUGGUUGAGUAUUUUCAACAUAAGUAUCCGGGGAAGGUUUAUAAGGUAAUUGUCCCGAUGGAUUUGUGUGCGUUGGAUGAUUUAGUUACAGAUUUGGUUAAAGUUAGAGAAGAUGUUGCAAAGUUGGUUAGUAAGAUGGAAACACAAGGUUUGUCGUAUGAGGAUGUUAGUUAUGGGAUCUUGGGCGAUUUUAAUGAUGGGACGAGGGGAAAGUUUGAUGCUUUAUGGCAAGGGGUGAAGGAUUUAUGGAGACGGGGUUGUGAUGAACUUGGGUUUUCGGAUGAUGAGAGAUUGAGAAAGUUGCAAGAACGUAGAGCAGAUUUGGAGAGUGAAAUGGCGGGUUAUAAAGAUGGCAGAGCAAAAGGUGCUGGGGUUGCGUUUGUUGUGUUUAAAGAUGUUUAUACUGCAAAUAAGGCUGUUCAAGAUUUUCGUAAUGAGAAGAAGCGACGGGUGGGAAAGUUUUUUUCUGUCAUGGAGUUGCAACUGCAGAGGAAUCAUUGGAAGGUUGAACGGGCACCUUUAGCAACUGAUAUCUAUUGGAACCAUUUGGGGUCGUCGAAACUGUCUUUGAGGAUUCGGAGAAUUUGUGUGAACACGUGCUUGUUGUUACUGCUUCUUUUUUGUAGCUCUCCUCUUGCUGUAAUCAGUGCUCUCAAGAGUGCCGGAAGGAUAAUAAAUGCAGAAGCAAUGGAUAAUGCUCAAUUAUGGUUAACUUGGCUUCAAAGCUCAAGCUGGCUAGCGACUAUCAUAUUUCAGUUUUUGCCAAAUGUUCUUAUUUUCGUGAGUAUGUAUAUAGUCGUUCCUUCUGCCCUUUCAUAUCUUUCCAAAUUUGAACGCCAUCUUACUGUUUCUAGUGAACAACGGGCUGCACUUUUAAAGAUGGUUUGCUUUUUUCUGGUAAACCUCAUUCUUUUGAGAGCACUCGUAGAAUCAUCUCUAGAAAGUGCAAUUUUAAAGAUGGGUAGGUGUUAUUUGGAUGGUGAAGAUUGUAAAAGAAUCGAGCAAUACAUGAGCGCUUCUGUCUUGUCAAGAUCCUGCCUUUCUUCGGUGGCAUUUCUCAUCACAAGUACAUUCUUGGGGAUUUCUUUUGAUCUUUUAGCACCCAUACCAUGGAUUAAGAAAAAGCUGCAGAAGUUUAGAAAGAACGAUAUGCUGCAACUUGUGCCAGAACAAAGUGAGGAGUAUGCUCUUGAAGAAAACCAAGAUACCGAGGGCCUUGAAAGACCACUUAUCUCUUCAAAUAAUGCAGUUGACGUACAUGAUAUACAUGAACAAGAUCUUUCUGAAUAUCCCAUAAGCAGAACCUCACCCGUGCCCAAACAGACAUUUGAUUUUGCACAAUAUUACGCUUUCAAUCUAACCAUUUUUGCGCUGACUUUGAUUUACUCUUCGUUUUCUCCGCUUAUUGUCCCUGUGGGUGCAAUCUAUUUCGGCUACAGGUACGUGGUUGACAAGUACAACUUCUUAUUUGUCUACAGAGUUCGGGGAUUUCCUGCUGGAAAUGAUGGAAGGUUAAUGGAUACAGUAUUGUUUAUCAUGCGGAUAUGUGUUGAUUUGUUUCUCGUUUCGAUGAUUUUAUUCUUUUCGGUUAGAGGGGAUUCCACAAAGUUGCAAGCUAUAUUCACUCUUGCUGUUUUAGUGAUACAUAAGCUUUUACCUUCUGAGAAUGAUGGGUUUCAGCCAGCUUUAUUGCAAAGCAUACAAACUGUUGAGAAUGUUGUAGAUGGGCCUAUCGAUUAUGAGGUCUUUUCUAAACCUAAAUUUGAAUGGGAUACAUAUCACUCAUGAUUUCCUUAUAAUACGAUCUGUUUUUGCACCAAAUUUGUAGACUUUGUUAUUGGAGAUGAUGUAUAUAUAGAUAUAUAUAUUCCUGUGUAUGAGAAGCUACUUGAUUCCUUUGUGGCUUUGUGUAUGAGACCUUUGUGUUCUUUUUACUUCA